GAGGAAACCACCGCUGGAGAUGGACUGCAGGUGUGAAUAACGAUGACUCUCAUCCUCGCCGCUUGAACAUGCUGCUCGGGUAGCGAAGCCGACCGAGAGAGGAGCGUCUACCCUCUUACACUCCUUCCCCUCUGGACACACACACACACACACACACACAGAGUCGGCCCAAUUCAGGCACAACCAUGCUGAUCAAGGAGUAUCGUAUCCCCAUGCCGAUGAGCGUGGAGGAGUACCGCAUCGCUCAGCUCUACAUGAUCCAGAAAAAGAGCCGGGAGGAGAGCUGCGGCGAGGGCAGCGGCGUGGAGAUCCUGGAGAACAAGCCUUACGAGGACGGCCCCGGGGGCUCGGGCCAGUACACGCACAAGGUCUAUCACAUCGGGAAACACAUCCCGUCCUGGUUCUGUUCCAUCCUGCCUCAAGCGGCGCUGAGAGUGGAGGAGGAGUCCUGGAACGCCUACCCCUACACCCGAACCCGGUACACCUGUCCCUUUGUAGAGAAGUUCUCCAUAGACAUCGAGACGUACUAUAAACCAGAUACUGGAAACCAAGGGGAUGUCUUCAACCUGUCGUCUGCUGAGAAGAGGCAGAGGACUGUGGACCCCAUAGACAUCGUGAAGGACUACAUCGCUCCUCACGAGUACCUGGUGGAAGAAGACCCGAAGCUGUAUCAGUCCGUCAAGACCAAACGGGGUCCGCUGACGGAGGACUGGAUCGAGGAGAUCAACCAGGACCCCGGUCAGAACCCCGUCAUGUGCGCCUACAAGCUCUGCAAGGUGGAGUUCAGAUACUGGGGCAUGCAGUCCAAGAUCGAACGCUUCAUACACGACGUGGGUCUGCGUAAAGUGAUGGUGCGAGCCCACCGGCAGGCGUGGUGCUGGCAGGACGAGUGGUACGGCCUGACCAUCGAGGACAUCAGGCAGCUGGAGCUGGAGACCCAGCUGGCUCUAGCUAAGAAGAUGGCCCAGUACAGCCUCAAUGAGGAGGGGGGGAUGGAGACCAACGGCUCCUCUGUCAGCCAGGACCAGGAGACGGGAGCUGAGACCGCGGGAUCCAACGCAGAGGCAGAAGGAGGAGGAGGAGGAGGAGGAGGGAAGCUGGGAGAUUCACUGGAGACACGAGGGGAGCUCACCAAGCAGUGGUCAACAUCCUCUAGAUCCUCCAACAGGUCGUCUAAGAGAGGAGGUAGCCCGUCUCAUCAGAGCAUCUCAGAGUGGAGGAUGCAGAGCAUCGCCCGGGACUCGGAGGACAGUACAGACGACGAGUUCUUUGAUGCUCAUGAGGACUUUUCUGACAACGAGGAGAUGUUCGGCAAGGAGAUGACCAAGUGGAGCUCCAACGAUCUGAUGGACAAGAUAGAAACAAUAGAGGUGGAUGAAGCACAGGAGACUUUGUACCAGGAGUCGGGCGGGGAGUACGCCGUGAUGAGUAAUGAGGAGACGCAGAUGGAGGAUUGUUCGUCCCAGCAGUGUCUGCAGCCGUCCAAAAUUCACGUCCUGGUCCUGGUCCUGCACGGAGGGAACAUUCUGGACACCGGCUCCGGUGAGCAGAACAGCAAGCAGGGAGAUGUCAACACGCUGAGCGGGGCCUUCGAGACCGUGAUGAGGGUCCACUACCCCGCAGCUCUGGGCCGCACCGCCAUCAGGAUGGUCCCCUGUCCCGCUGUGUGCGUCGACGCCUUCUCGCUCGUCUCCAAUCUGAGCCCCUACAGCUACGACGAGAGCUGCCUGUCCAGCAGCCAGGACCACAUCCCGCUGGCUGCUCUGCCUCUCCUGGCUACUUCUGCACCACAGUACCAAGACGCUGUGGCGACCGUCAUCCUGCGAGCCAAUCAGGUGUAUAGCGACUUCAUCAAGUCUUUAGAAGGAGCGUCUUUCAACGGCCAGGUGUGUGUUAUUGGCGACUGUGUCGGGGGAAUCCUGGGAUUUGACGCCCUGUGCAGCAGCUCAGUGACAGUGUCAGAAAGUCAGAACAGCAGCAGACGGGGCAGCGCCAUCAGCGUGCAGGACACGGACCUCCUCUCUCCGGGUAUCGUCAUAAACAGCGUCUCUCCUUCCUCGCCGUCCCUCGAAGGAAGCCGCCACCUCAGCCGCAGCAACAUCGACAUCCCUCGCUGCUCGGGGCCCGACGACCCCAAGAAACAGCUCCCGCGCAAGCGAAGCGACUCGUCCACGUACGAGCUGGACACCAUCAAACACCACCAAGCCUUCCUGUCCAGUCUUCACUCCAGUGUGCUCCACGCGGAGCCCGGAUCACGGCGCUCCAGCAGCAGCACCAUGUUGGAGGGAGGCUCCUUGGGAAAGUUCGACUUCGAGGUGACUGACUUCUUCCUCUUCGGCUCUCCCCUGGGGUUGGUGCUCGCACUGAGGAAGACCGUGGUGCCGUCGUUAGAUGUGUCGGCUCUGCGUCCAGCCUGUCAGCAGGUUUACAACCUGUUUCAUCCAGCCGACCCCUCGGCCUCGAGGCUCGAGCCUCUCCUGGACAAGAGGUUCCACCUGCUGCCUCCCUUUAGUGUCCCCCGCUAUCAGCGCUUUCCUCUGGGUGACGGACACUCCGCUCUCCUGGUUGAGACGGUGCAGAGUAACCCUCAGCUUCUGACGGAGUCCGGGGGUGCGGCGCUGCAACGCUGCCAGGAAAACACCGUCAAUGAGACCUCCAUCCCCGUGCCCGUCCUCAACUGGCCGACGUCGCAGCUCCCCGCAGAGACCGAUGCUCUUCACUCGCACAUUUUUGUCGACGGCCAGUUUCCAUCGUCCACCUCGCCGGGGGUCCCUCACCUCCGCUUCACCCGCAGGGCCAGCGAGGCCAGCAUAGCCAGCCAGGUGUCCGGCCUGGCCGACUCUUACACCGCCUCCAACAUCGCCACGAUUGCCUCUCGGUGGUGGGGCAGUAAGAGGAUGGACUACGCCCUGUACUGUCCUGAUGCCCUGACAGCGUUUCCAACAGUGGCCCUGCCUCAUCUCUUCCACGCCUCCUACUGGGAGUCUACGGACGUCGUCUCCUUCCUGCUUAGACAGGUGAUGAGACACGAGAACUCCAGUAUUUUGGAGCUGGAUGGUAAAGAAGUGUCUGAAUUCACUCCAUCCAAACCUCGUGAGAAGUGGCUCCGCAAGAGGACUCAUGUUAAAAUCAGAAACGUGACGGCGAACCAUCGUGUAAAUGACGCCGUGUUCACGGAGGACGGGGCCCAGAUGGUGACGGGACGUUUCAUGUACGGCCCUCUGGACAUGGUUACCCUCACUGGAGAGAAGAUUGACAUUCACAUCAUGACCCAGCCGCCCUCUGGAGAGUGGGUGUACUUUGACACGGAGCUCACCAACAGCAGCGGACGUGUCUCUUACGUAAUCCCUGAGAACAAAAAGCUGGGUAUCGGGGUGUAUCCUGUCAAAAUGGUGGUCAGGGGUGACCACACAUUUGCAGACAGCUAUCUAACGAUUUUACCACGGGGAACAGAGUUUGUCGUGUUCAGUAUCGACGGGUCAUUUGCUGCCAGUGUGUCAAUCAUGGGCAGCGACCCAAAGGUUCGAGCCGGAGCUGUGGACGUGGUGAGGUACUGGCAGGACUUGGGCUACUUGAUAGUGUACGUAACGGGUCGUCCUGACAUGCAGAAGCAGCGUGUGGUGGCCUGGCUCUCUCAGCAUAACUUCCCUCACGGCAUCGUCUCCUUCUGCGACGGGCUGGUCCACGACCCGCUCCGACACAAGGCCAACUUCCUCAAAUCCCUCAUCAACGAGGCCCACAUGAGGAUCUUUGCGGCCUACGGCUCCACCAAGGACAUCUCCGUGUACACGUCGAUUGGCCUGCCUCCGUUCCACAUCUACAUAGUGGGGAGACCCACAAAGAAAAUGCAGCACCAGUGUCAGUUCAUCUCGGACGGCUACGCCUCCCACCUGUCCCAGCUGGAGUACAACCAGAGGACUCGUCCUGCCAAGUCCGCCAGCGCCCGCAUGGUCCUCCGUAAAGGCAGCUUCGGCCUGGGCGCAGCCGGAGGAGAGUUCCUUCGUAAGCGCAACCACAUCUUUCGCACCAUCUCCUCUAAGCAGCCCGGCGGAGCGGGGUCAGCCUCCCCCAACCAGCCGGGCCGGACUGAGCGUACGCUGAGCCAGUGCGAGAUGGAGCGGGAACGAGGGGUCGCGGGAGCAACGCAGAGGAGCAUGAGUAUAGCUGCAGGGUGCUGGGGCCGCAGCGGGAGCACCAAGGAGGGCAGUGGAGGGUUACUGGGCCCUAAAUAGUUCAAAAAGGAGCUAAAGGACCCGGCCUGAACCACCAUGAUCUCUGGACUAGACAAAGAGAGGAAGUGGAAGGAGGGUUUGUAUUUUAGAAUAAGAGACAGGUGAUUGAUUUAGCAUAAACAACACAUUGAUUGGAACAGGGGAGAACAGGGGGAGGAGGGAUAAAGAGGGAUCUGUCCAGGAGGAGUGGACCAAUCAGGCCAAGAGGGAUCCAGCGAACAAAAGACAGUUGUGUAGCAUGACUCUUUUACAGUAAUACUUUUAUAGGAAACAUCACUAACCACUGAAAAAAUUGACA